AUGGUAAUGGCCGUACCUUCAACUGCAUUGAUAGCCAUAGACAAAGAAAAAUAUUGCAAUCUCAUAAAUGGACCCUCAAAUUCUUUAAAUGCCGAUCAUGGCGGUGGCCAUGGCAUUAAAGCAAUUUGGAACUUAAAUUCAAACAUUGCUCACAAGAAGGUUGUCACUAUAGAGGAGUCUAGGACCACCUUAAAUUGGAUUCCUGAACCAUGUCUCUGGGCUAGCCCAGUGGACCAAUGUUUCUGUCACAAAGAGCUCAUCAAGGCAGAAUCUCUAUUGCAUCAUCAAAAGCUCCAAGCAUUCUGGAACCACCCUGCUGGUCCCAAAACCAUUCAUUUUUGGGCCCCAACUUUUAAAUGGCGUGUCAGCAUAGCCAAUGUUGCUGACUUCGCAAAGCCACCAGAGAAGAUCUCUUAUCCCCAGCAAAUAGCUGCUACCUGCACCGGACUAGUUUGGUCACGGUAUAGCACAGUGAUUAACCCGAAGAACUGGAACCUUUUCUCUGUCAAUAUUGCAUUGUCUGGAACUGGCUUGUAUCAACUCUCACGCAAGAAUAAGAAGGAUUACUUUUCUGAGGGAGAGGUAGCAGCAAUGGCCAAAGAAUGAUUGACAGUAACCAAAAAUUGCAGGCAAUCACCAUGAUUUUGG